GUCGGACUUGCGGCAAAGUCUCAUUGAUCAAUUUGCCCUUUUGAAGCUUGACGAUGUUCUCUGCCUUUAAGUCGAUUGCCGCCCUUGCUGUCGUCGCCGCGUCCGUGUCGGCUUACAAGCCGUACCCUGGUUUCGACGAAUCUAUCUGCGGCGCCGAUCAAUCCAAGCCCGGUAUGUGCAUCAAGGACACGAAGUCGGACAUGUACAAGCUCGGCAAGCCGAUCGCACGCUUGGCGUUGGCUGACAACUACUACUGCACGGGCUGGUUGUUUGGGUCGGAAGGGCACAUGUUGACCAACAACCAUUGCAUUGAUACGGAAGCUAGCGCCAAGGCUGUCAGGGUCGAGUUCGAUGCCGAAUGCAAGACGUGCGAAGACCCGAACAACGACAAACAGUUGGGAUGCCCCGGUGUGAUCGGCGCCAACAGCACCACGUUGGUGUACACCGACAUGGCCCUCGAUUUUACAUUGAUCAAGCUCGACUUGGUUUCUGGAUUCGACUUGGACGACUACGGGUACCUCCAGGCCCGCGCCACUCCCGCCAAGCUUGACGAAGAGAUCUUCAUCAUCGGACACCCCAACCUCAAGCCCAAGCGUUUCUCGUGGGUGAACGACGACGGCAAGCCGGCCAAGAUCGUCAACGCAUCGACCCCUUCGCUCUGCGACGAACCCGACACGUACGGGUACAACGUCGACACGCAAGGUGGUUCGUCGGGCUCGCCCGUCUUCAGCACCCACGACAACAAGGUAGUCGCGUUGCACAACUGUGGCGGGUGCACGGCCACGGACGGCCAAAACACCGGCAACAAGAUGCACUUGAUUGUUGAUGCCUUGAAAGCCAAGAACUUGUUGCCCAAGGAUGCAGUGGCUGGCGGUAGCUGCUGAGCGCUCGUCGAAAUACUCCGCUUUACAUGUAUAAGUCGAUAAUUGAUGGCUUGUCUGUCCCUCCA